AUGAUGAUCGAUCGUGGAAGCUGCACUACUGUUCGCCCAACUAUCCACAUCACAGCACCUUGCUGGAUAAAUGACCCCUGCGCCCCUGGUUAUGACCCCAAGUCUAAGCGUUACCAUCUCUUUUAUCAAUGUAAUCCACGGGGAACUGAAUGGGGAAAUAUGUCCUGGGGUCAUGUAACCAGCCCUGAUCUACUCACAUGGAACCAAUCGACCUACCAGCCGGCCCUGGAGCCUGAUCAGGACUAUGACAAGGAGGGAGUCUUCACAGGUUGUUUUUUACAACCCGAGGGUACAACUGAAACGCGCCUCACCGUCUUCUACUCCUCAGUCUGUUGCUUGCCUUUCCAUUGGAGCACACCUCCAUAUCCGCGAGGUGCUGCUGGUCUGGCUAUGGCCAUCUCUAGCGAUGGUGGGAGGACGUGGAGCAAACCAUCAGAAAAUCCAAUUUUGGGAGGUGAGCCGGAUGGUGUACAGGUGACAGGGUUCAGAGACCCGUAUAUUGCCAAUUGGCCAGCAAUGGAUGAGCUCCAAUGCCAGCACUCGCUCUACGCUAUCAUUUCUGGUGGUAUUCAGGGCGCGGGGCCGACGGUGUUUCUGUAUGCUGUAUCCCCGGACAACUUGACUCAUUGGGAGUAUUUAGGCCCUUUGAUCAAUUUGCCGGAAAAAUUCCAGCAGUCGAAGAAGUGGUCCGGAAACUAUGGGAUCAACUGGGAGUGUACCAACUUCAUGACUCUCGAGACAGAAUCGACGGCGAGACAGUGUUUGAUUCUAGGAGCCGAGGGAGAUGUGGAACGGGAUCAUAUCAAGCACCACCGACAACCUCUAGACGGGCCAGUGAGAACAGUUCGAUCCUUGCUGUGGAUGUUCGGAGACCUCACCACCCAGCACACAAAUGGAGGAGUGAAAUUCCAAUACAAGCGUGGCGGGUAUCUUGAUCACGGCUCCUUGUACGCCGCAAAUUCCUUCCUUGAUCCUGCCUCUGGGAGACGCAUUAUGCACGGCUGGAUACCAGAAGAGGACAUCACUUGCGACUAUGCCCGCCGAAAGGGCUGGAACGGCGCUCUGUGUAUCCCACGCGAGUUGUUCCUUCUCUGCCUACCCAACGUCACAGCGGCGCUCCGCACCGAGCUCUCAGAAAUCGCUAGCGUAGAGGUAAUGACUUGCCCAGAUGGUUCAACGUCCCUAUACACCCUGGGAAUUCGUCCAAUUUCCGAGUUCACGCGGCUCCGAGAAUACUGCAUCCAAACCAGCCAGCGCAGAUCUUUCCAUCUUCCCCGUCUCACCCUGAGAGAGGCCGAAAUUUGCACCAUCCAGACCCCAUGCUGGGAGCUAGAAGCCAUCAUCUCUGUCCGUAGUGACUGUGACGAGGUCGGAUUCUGCAUCCAGUCGACGUCAAACUCUUUGGUUCGCUUGCGUAUCACUUUCUCCGUUGUGGAAGAGACCAUAACAGUUGAUCGAGCCGCAUCGACCGUCACUCCAGAGAUCAGCACCUUUCCAGAGAAAGGACCGAUUACACUUUUUUUCACGCAGCCUGAUGGAAUGGCGGACAAGCCGAAGCUAGAAAACCUGCAUCUCCGUGCUAUCUUCGAUGCCGAUAUUGUCGAAAUCUUCGCAAACGACCGGUUCGCACUGGCAACAACCGUGUACUCUGGGUCCUACACGUCGGGCAGGAUUGUUUCAGCUUUUGCUGCAGGUUGUGAGCACAGCGCAUCAUUUGAAGAAGUCCGGGUGUGGGAUGGGCUGUACGGAUGCAAGGAUCUACUUACUGUCGACUAG